CUCUUUACAUAGACUGUGGAAAAUAGUUUAACUGUACGGUUGUUCUAGAUAUCUAAUUUUCAAUAGCACAAUGUAAAAUUACUGUUGUAAAAUGAUGCGUGUUUAAUGCGACCGCCGCGCAGAGCCUCGGUAUGUAGUGUUGCGCAGAUCGAUCGGCGAAUGACAUCAUAGUUUCGCGAGAGCGAUUCGAAAUAGUGCUUUUGAAUCGCUAUCGCGGUACAGUGAUGCAGUACGCCGAUCAGUCUGCGCAGCGUCUCAUGAAGUCGAACAUCCAUUGUUAUUAGGCCUGCACGCGAGAACUCCAAACAGACAGAACUGAAUCACAGUGUCUCCUAAUCAUAUUAUAACAAGACGUGUUAAUACUCGCCAUGGGGAGUUUAUAUCUUUCAGGACGUCGGUGUGUUCUUCGGCAGAUGUUCUCCGGUCUACCCAGCAUGCUGCAUCGGCGAUACAGUCUCGACAUUUCGGCGCGGCUCCUCCGGACUGAAGGCUUCAUAGACGGGCGCUGGGUGUCAGCUGCUUCCACGUUCCCUGUGUUAGAUCCAGCCACAGGGAAAGAGAUCGCCAGGGUGUCAGACUGCGGUACCAAAGAAGCCCAAAAUGCUGUCAAUGCCGCAUACAAAGCGUUUCACACGUGGAAGGAUCACACAGCUAAAGAAAGAAGCAUUUUGUUGCGAAAAUGGUUUGAUCUGAUCACUCAGCACAAGGAAGAUCUUGCCAAGCUGAUCACAGCAGAAUGUGGAAAGCCCAUGAAGGAGUCUCUAGGAGAGAUUGCGUACUCUGCUGCCUUUCUAGAGUGGUUUUCAGAAGAAGCAAGACGUGUUUAUGGGGACGUUGUCCCAUCAUCAGCCAAGGACCGCAAGAUCGUAAUAGUCAAACAACCAGUGGGAGUGGCUUCUAUCAUUACACCUUGGAAUUUCCCCAGUGCCAUGAUAACCAGAAAAGUGGGUGCGGCACUGGCAGUGGGCUGCACUGUUGUAGUCAAGCCGGCUGAGGACACACCUCUCUCCGCAUUGGCCCUUGCUGAGCUUUCAGUUGAGGCCGGCAUUCCUCCAGGGGUGAUAAACGUGGUGCCUUGCUCAAGAAAAAAGACCCCUGGUGUGGGAGAGGUGCUCUGCACUGACCCUCUGGUGGCCAAAAUCUCAUUCACUGGCUCCACACCCACUGGCAAGAUACUGCUUAAACAUGCUGCAGGAACUGUCAAAAGGGUGUCCAUGGAGCUGGGAGGUCACGCACCCUUCAUUGUAUUUGACAGCGCUGAUGUAGACAAAGCUGUGGCAGGGGCGAUGGCCUCCAAAUUCAGGAACUCAGGCCAGACCUGUGUCUGUUCCAACCGCUUCCUAGUGCAGAGUGGGAUCCAUGACUCAUUUGUGGAGAAGCUGGGAAAGGCCAUGGACGCAGAGCUGAGGGUCGGCCACGGCUCUGAGCCCACCACCACGCAGGGACCGCUUAUCAAUAACCGCGCUGCAGAGAAGGUGGAAAGCCAGAUUGCAGAUGCUGUGGCUCAGGGUGCUGUUAUAGUUAGAGGUGGGAAGAGACUGGAAGGUUCCUUCAUGCAGCCCACCCUUAUGUCUAAUGUGACAACCAAUAUGCUCUGUAUGCGGGAGGAGACUUUUGGACCCCUUGUUCCUGUUGUUAAGUUUAACACAGAACAGGAGGCACUUGACAUUGCCAAUGCUUCACAAGUUGGUUUAGCAGGUUACUUUUACUCUCAAGACAUCGCUCAGAUCUGGCGAGUGGCUGAGCAGAUAGAGGUGGGCAUGGUUGGGGUCAAUGAAGGUUUGAUCUCCGCCACAGAAGCUCCUUUUGGUGGAAUUAAACAGUCUGGACUGGGAAGAGAGGGCUCCAAAUACGGAGUGGAUGAGUAUUUGGAUGUGAAGUACAUAUGUUUUGGGGGACUUGCUUCUUGAAUGCCCAAGCCACAGUUAUUAUGGGCUAAAGCAAGAUAUACAGUACAAUACUGAGCCAGACCAAUCUCAAAAACGCUGUAAACCCAGGCAGCCACCUUAGAGAACUUAAAUUCUCUCCAUCCAUCAAAUAUCUUAUUGUCAGUGGUGUUAUCUUCCUUGAGAUUUAGUUGUAAUAGCUAAUUGUUAUAACCUAGUUCUGAAAUAAGAUGAAUAUAGCUAAUUCAUGGCACUAAAGAAAAUAAAAAAGUAGACUUUGGAUUAAGGAUGCACCAUUUUGUUGCUAUGGGUGGAUCCAGUGAGAAAGCAAAGCACAAAUGAUGUAUUCAACCCGAACAUCAGCUAACACUUGGGCAGAAAUAGGGCUUAUGCGUGUGUAUAACUUUCAUCGGAUCAGGUAAAGCUGUUGGUGUACAAAUGUCCGAUUGCAACUAUACCUAGGGUUUAAGUAGCAGAAACACAUCCUUCGCCAAACAUGUUUGACAUUACCAGUGUGCACAAUGGGCCUUACUCAUGAAACAAUUUCUCACUCUUCUGCAAUGUUUUGUUAAAGUGACUGUAAGUAGGAUUUUAAGUGUUUUAUUAAUCAAAAUUAAUGUCUUUAUUCAUAAAUAUGUCCUUGUUGGUGUUAAAGAUACAAUUUGUAAAAUGCGCCGAAAGAUGGCGCCACAUCAAACAAAAACAAUGAUGUUGUUUACUGACGCUCUGGAGCAGCGUGGAAUUAUGGGAUUUGUAGUCUUUAACUUUAGCCAUAUCAGACGAGAACGAGAAAUCACGUUGAUGGAUAAGGUAAUCAAGUCUUAUAAAUGUUGCGUUUGAUGACAUCGUUUAUUUCAUUAUGUAAGUUUAUAUGUGAUGUUCAAAACGAAAUUGUUAGUCAUAUUGGUAUUACAGUAUUAGUCCAAAUUCGAUGGUAAACACAGCUCAGAAUUAAGUUUUCAACUUACAAUCUACAAUGAUUUUUCACAUAAUGUAUUGACAGUACAAAUCUUAUUGUGAAGUGUCUUAAAAUGACCAUUUAUAUUGCUGUACAAUACCUUUUGAUGUGCAUAUCCUCCGCGGGAAGACGCGCUGAUUACAAUCUACACACUAAUGUUGUGAUUAAUAUAAUAGCAUACGUUUUUUGAAGGGUUACGAAUCAAAACAACUCACCCAUCGCGUAAAACACAAGCAGGAUCAGAAUCUCGGUCUAGUUAAAUGUUGUCGUGAAGCUCUCUCCAUCCAGAUAAUGCAACAACAAAUUGAUCCUCUCUCGUUUUGUUCCAAACUCUUCUUGGGUCGUUUGGUUGGCCCGUACGCUUACAGGAGCUGACACAACCAGCGGCAGACGGUACAGAGAUAUCCAUAAGUCCAUAAGCAAGCGCAUAGUUCCGCAUUUGUCCACGACACUGGCUGCGUCCGAAACCUCAAGACUGUGAGGACUGUGAGGACUUGUGGCCUCGCUGCCUCAUGAGGACAUGACUUCUGAAGGCCGCUCAGAGAAAGGCUUUCCGACGCACUUCAAAGGCAGCGUGUUUGAAAUAUAAACAGAGAGCGCCUUUGUGAUAACUAAUCACAUAUUUGAAAACUACAAUACUAAUUUCUCGCUAGAAAUGAAAUUAAAAUGCUUAAAAAGUGAAAAUAUACGUUUAUUUUCACUAAAUUUGUGCUCCAGCCGCUUCCUUGGCCGCCAUUUUAUUUUUUCCAGCUCGACCAGUGUUCUCAUGUGAGUUACGUCAGUAAAGGCGGUGACAAAGGGUCACAUGGAUAUUAACGUCAUUGACAGGAGACUGCACUGCCCCGUGUCAAUGUUUUUAAUGGAAAUUUUCUCACGAUUUACAAGUAGUUGAAAACAUUACAGAUAUUGAUAGUAAUCAGCUGGACAAAAUAUAUAACAUUGGCCUAGUGGUUUUUGGAGAUUUUACUGCAAAUAUCUUACAAAUUGCACCUUUAAAUGACCUCUACCAAUGAUCUGACUUUUCUUUGUAAGCUUAAAAUUUCUCCUCUUUACUUACAUUGGACGGGUAAGUCCAAGGAGGCUUCCAUAUCGUUCCGCCGUAUUGAUAAACUAUAAUAGCAGAGAGGGACAAAAAGCACUCGCCUACCAACGCGUUUUCAUUCAGAACACGUGAACCAGCUGCAACGGACAAGGAGAUCAGCGAUUACCUAACGGCUACUGUAGUUGCAACACGCAUUUGGAAAGGCGAGGCGCUAGAGAGCACUGUUCGUUUGAAUGCAAAAUACAAUUUCACCACUAGAUGGGGGUAAAUCCUACUUAUUGCCCCUUUAAACAAUUUACAAGAGAAAUUGGUUGUGCUUGUGUUUCAUGAACAAAGCCCAAUAAUAAUAAGGUACUUGAAAAAAAUUAUGUUAAAAUACUACAUCUCAGGCUGAUGCUGGUAAAUGCAUUGCUGAAAAUGUUGAACUUGAUACGAGUACUCUAUUUUUGUAUUUUAAAAAUGUUAAAAUAUUAAAGCAUUGACUGUAAUAAGCAGUGGCGGCCGGUGACUUAUUUUUUUUGAGGGCGCUUAAUGCGAAGUUCGUCACAACAUGUAUGUAGCUCGUCAUGCGUUCAUAAUUUCAAAAUAUGUGUUCUGCACGUCGAGUGAUCCUAUGUGCAUCACAUGUCUUGUCAAAAGACACUUGUCUUGUUGUACAGAAAUGUAUAGCGUACAGGUUGUCUAUCCAGGUUUAGACCAUCUAAGAAACUUACAUUCACAGUCAGAUGUUUUUCCGAGUGCCAAUGUAAUUUUGUUAGGUAUUAAUGUUUAUAUUUUUUAAUUGUAAAUAAUAAUUGUAUAUAAAUAAACAUAAUUGUUUGGUGUCCUAUAA